AUGCGAUCAGAGCAGGAUUCCCACGGGGCUGGAUGGACGGGUGCCUUGGGGGCGGGUCGGGCGCCGCGCCGGCCCUGGGGAAGAUCCCCGGGUGGUUCUGGAGACCGGAGAUGCCGGGGCCGGGAGGUCCCCGGGCCGGCAAAGCGCCGGACGCACUCUGCUGGGGACAAUGGCGGCGUCAGGGUCGCCACGGCGACCGCCCGCCCCGACCCCCAGGCCCACGAACCAGCCAAUCAGAAUCGUUCUCCCUCCCGCUGCCCCGCCCCGGCUCCUCCCGGCCGCGUCCGUCUCGUGUCCGCCCUCCUGAUUGGCCGCUGCGGCCCAGCCGGGCUGGGAUUGGCGCGGGUGCGCGCGGGCCGCGGGUGCGCGCGCAGGGCGGUCCCCUCGGGGCACGCACCGUCCCUCAUAGGCACGGGAGCCGCCACGGCCGCGGACAUGUCGGUGUCCCCCGAGGAUAUUGUGAGGCUGGGGCAGCACAGGCAGACACAGCUCUCAGCUCUCUCCUUUCUCUGCUCCAAACACAGCUCUCGGCUUUUUGCAAACUCCUCUGCCAUGAGGUUUUCUUCAGGAGAACUCGACGAGUGGCUCACAGCAGGUGGAGAUUCAGUUAUUACACAGAGAACCUGGGACUGCAGGACUGAAUCUUUGCAUCCAAGAGACAAGAGUUGUUAUUAACACUUAAACCUCUCAAAUACUGUCAUUUCUCAGACAACUGUGCCAGCACUGAGCUACUCCCAUAUGCCUGCAGUGCUUUGGGGAGGAGCAAGAUGACAUCCCACUUCUGUCUGCAAAAAUUUCAAGAUCAUAAAAAGUCAUUUCCCUUCUCUCCCUCUGACCCAUAACCAAAGCAGCCAUGUAGAACAACAUGGACUCUUCAUGGAGGGGAUGAUUCAGUUGUGGGAAAAAAACACACCAUACAAUGAGACACCUCCUGAAACAGAAAUAAAUUCCAGCUGCAGCAAAUCCCACUGCUACAUUUAGAAACCCUUCAGCAAAACCCUUGGAAAAAUAAAAGUGAUGUGUAGGGACCUGGAGCUCCAGGGGACUGAGGAGAAGGUGGGCAACAAGCAGCCAGCAAACAACUUCCACUGCUUCUCACCCCAGCCACUGCAGCAAUGACAGCUUCCCUGGAAUUUCACAUCGCCAAUGUGUCCUUCAAGCUCAACAGGUGAACACACAAGUACUCCAAGACUAAUUUCCCUUGGACCUCAAGCAGCACAGACCCUCUGGGAGGAAAUGGAAUCCAAGGGCUGAUGUCAACAACUGUCUUCCCCCUUGCACUCUUCCCAUGUUUUCUCCUUCCAGGGGGAUGCAGGUUCCCGUCCCAGAAGGCAAAACUGCCGUUCAAUCCAGUACAAAACCUGCCUGAACAGACCACGUCUCCAGGAGCCAGCAGCCAUUUCUCCUGGGUUUUCUGCUUACAGGUAUUUUAAUUCUGCUUUGUUUCAAGAGGUGCUUUUCUACCAAGGUAAUUCCCAUCUUUUUUUAUCUUUAAUAAAAUUUUUAAAAACU